AUGGCGACCAUCGAGGUCUCCAAGCCACCGUCAUCCAAGCGCAUGUCCCCGAAGGGGAGCUUCAAGCUGAGCCUGCUCGCCUGCGGCCACUGCAAGGCCACCACAGUCUCGCCCCCGGACUCCCCCACCGGCGCCGGCGCGCGGUCGCUCUCGUCCUCGGCGUCGUCCUCCGCGGGGACCUCCCGCGACCGCCAGGCGGAGCUGCGGGAGAUCUUCCGCCACUUCGACCGCGACAUGGACGGCCGGAUCUCGGGCCGGGAGCUCCGCGAGUUCUUCGCGUCCAUGGGCGACGGCGGCGCGGAGGCCGCGCUGGAGCUCGACGCGGCCGGCGACCUCAUGCUGGGGUUCGAGGACUUCGUCAGGAUCGUGGAGCGCAAGGGCGGGGAGGAGGAGGAGCGCGAGGACCUGCGGCGCGCGUUCCAGGCCUUCGAGGCCGUCAAGGGCUCCGGCCGGAUCACGCCGCGCGGCCUGCAGCGCGUGCUCAGCCAGCUCGGCGACGACCCGUCCGUCGCCGAGUGCGAGGCCAUGAUACGGGCCUACGACGACGACGGCGACGGCGAGCUCGAUUUCCACGAUUUCCACCGCAUGAUGAGCCAUGACUAG